CAGAGCGUGACGGGCGGAGGGCGGGAACGGAGCCGCAGCGAGGAGCGACCCGACUGCCGCCGCAGCGCCCGUCGGGAGGCGGCCGGGCAGUGCCGCCGCCUAGGUCCUCCGACUCCGCCGCUCGCUCUCUCCCCUGCGAGCGUCAUGGCGGCCGCGGCCGCCGAGCCCAGCAGCGGCCGAUACCAGCAGCUGCAGAAUGAAGAGGAGCCAGGCGAGUCUGCAUCAGUGGUGAAUGACGCCCCUCCACCUUACAGCAGCAUUUCUGCAGAAAACACAGCUUAUUUUGACUACAAGGAUGAGUCAGGAUUUCCUAAGCCUCCAUCUUACAAUGUGGCCACAACACUGCCUAGUUAUGAUGAGGCAGAGAGAACCAAGGCUGAAGCCACAAUUCCCUUGGUUCCUGGAAGGGAUGAUGACUUUGUGACACGGGAUGACUUUGACGACACCGACCAGUUGAGGAUAGGAAAUGACGGCAUUUUCAUGCUAACUUUCUUCAUGGCAUUCCUCUUCAACUGGAUUGGAUUUUUCCUGUCUUUCUGUCUGACUACUUCAGCUGCAGGACGAUACGGGGCCAUUUCUGGGUUUGGUCUGUCUCUUAUUAAGUGGAUCCUUAUUGUCAGGUUCUCCACCUAUUUUCCUGGUUACUUUGACGGCCAGUAUUGGCUUUGGUGGGUCUUCCUUGUACUAGGUUUUCUGCUGUUCCUCAGAGGAUUUAUUAAUUAUGCAAAGGUUAGGAAGAUGCCAGAUACUUUUUCCACUCUCCCCAGGACCAGAGUUCUCUUUAUUUACUGAAGUAUUCAAUAUCCUUCUCUGACAGAUGUUUUCUGGAAAAUGUCUUCCUGCAUAUAGUGAAUACUCCCUCAAGAAGCAACAGCACACCUGCAGGAAGUGAAUCAAGACUCUGGAGCAGAAGAAAAAUAAUCACCUGCUUUAAAAUAAAUAAACGUACUGUUGGAAAACAAAACAAACAAACAAAAAAAGAGAUGCAUUUCUUUCUAUUGGUUUCUAGGUGUAAAAUUUUAAUAAUUAAUGCUGAAUUCUGUAAUCAUUAACUCAUUAGUGGCUAAUGUUUGAAAAAGCUGUUGCAGUUGAGUCUGUGGCGUGCUAAUAAAGCCUUAUAUAGAUUGUUUCUGUAGUGAUUUUGGUAGCAUGAGCCAUGCCCAGGAGCCAGCAGGGGCCAGGCUUGCUUUAUUUCCUCCUCUAUCCUGGGAGCCAGUUUGGGCUCUGGUCUGUCCUGUACAGCCUGUGUAAUGCUGAGGGCCCAAAGGGAUGACCUCAAAACUUGAAGUGGCUUUGCUAUGGUUACACAUCUUUCUGCUGUGUAAAUCCGAUAGCAUCUGCACUGUUGAGGGCUGAAUGGAAAAAAAUGGGCCUAUGCGGUACAGAUUCUUGAGGUGUAAAACAGGUAUUAAUUUUUUGAUAGUCUAUAUUCAAUGUUGUAGUAUACUUUACUUUCAUACUGCCUACUUUUUUGGGCUAUAUAGGGAUUUUCACGGUACACAUUGGUAGUGUAAAAAUGAAAGAUCACGUUGCAACUUUGUAUAAAAAAUUACCUUGCAAAACAAAGGCUUCCCCCCCCCCCCCCCCUCCUUUGGCUUGAGACUUGAGACAACUCCUAACAUACCUGUAAUUCUUGCUUUUGUAAUUUGUGUUAGCAGAGACUAUGAUAGGUUAUAAAUGUAGAUUUAAUGUGCACUUCUGUGCUUUCUGCCAAGUGGUAAUUCACUUCAGAGUUUUACUAUGUUGAAACUGUAAAUAUAGCAAAACGUUAAUAAAUAUCACUUAUGUAGCA